AUGUACUCGUACGAGGAAGAACAAAAGAGAUUGACGAAGUUAUGGCAGGAGGUGCUGUCUGAUGAAGAUGAACACUACAGCAGUCAAGAUGAAGAAUCACUGUUUGGAGACGUCUAUCUUUCUGAUGAAUAUCAAUGUGAGUCGUCAGUAGAUUUUGAAUCAUCAUCGAAGAGGACAUCUUCCAAAUUACGUAAGAAAAAGCACAAGAAACAUCCCCCGAAGAAUGGAGAAAAACGUCAAAAACACCCAAUUACAGGUAGCGAACCGUCGACAAGUGCAACGGGUACGGAAACUUCAAAUAAUGUUUCAACUGAGGCGCAACAUGUUGCUGACGUUAUUGAAAUUGUAAUUGCAAAUAUGACUCAAGACUCUGACUCGGAUUCCGAUGAAACUCUUUUACCGUCAACCACUGAUGCCGCUACGCAAAACACAAACAUCACUUGGGGUCCUGUAACCGGUAACAACUUGCGUCAAAUUAUGUUCUCUGAAGCAAAUACCAUGGGAUUUGAUCCACAAAUUCAUGAAAAUUUCCAUGACAAGACUCCUUGUGAAUUUUAUAGCCUAUUUGUGAAUGAUGACAUCUUAGAGUUGAUGGUCGUGGAAACGAAUAGGUAUGGAGCACAAUGUCUUGCAAAGAAUCAACUUCGACGGGCUCGGAUAACCUCUUGGCAUGAUACAACUGUACCUGAAAUGAAAAAAUUCCUGGGUAUUGUUUUGUGGAUGGGGCUCUGUCAGUUCCCAACGCUUCAAGCUUAUUGGUCCAAGAGCCCUAUAUAUAAGAACUUCAUCACAGGCGUAAUGUCCCGAAACCGUUUUCAGUUGCUAUCUAAGAUGCUACACUUCAGCGAUAAUUCUGAAGUAACCGAAGAUAGGCUUCAGAAACUUACACCACUUGUUCUGAAACUCAAAGAAGUCUUCCAACGAAUAUACGUUCCAGGAGAAUAUGUGUGCAUCGACGAAACAUUGGUGCCAUUCCAGGGACGGCUCAAGUUCAAACAAUACAUUGCCAAUAAAAGACACAAAUUUGGCAUAAAGGUAUUCAAGUUGUGCUUAGAGAGCGGUUACACCUACGACUUCAAAAUAUACUGCGGUAAGGAGCAGACAGAGGGAGGUGGCGUUCCAACUAACGUUGUUUUGAACUUGAUGAAAGAUUUACUUCAUAAAGGGAGAACUCUUUGCACUGAUAACUACUACACCUCAGUAACUCUUGCUCACGAACUACUACGCCGUGAAACUCAUUUGAUUGGAACGUUACGAACAAACAGAAAAUUCAAUCCCAAGAAUGUUAUAACGAAAAAACUCAAACUUGGGGAAACCAUCGCUGAAGAAAGCAAUUCAGGAAUAGUAGUUCAAAAAUGGAAGGAUAAGAGAGACGUGCUGACAUUGAGCACGAAAUAUACCGAUGAAAUGGUGACCGUGCAGAGAAGACGAGGUGAAGUCUGCAAACCAAAAAAUGUUAUCGAAUAUAACAAGUUCAAAGCCUUCAUUGAUAUCGCCGAUCAAAAAAAAAGUUACAAUUCCUCACUACGUAAAACAUUGAAGUGGUAUAAAAAACUUGCCAUUGAACUUUUGACUGGCACUGCUUUCAUCAAUGCUUACAUCGCUUAUAGAGACAUCGCCAAUGAGCCCAUGUCUAUAACAAAAUUCAGAGAAUCAGUAAUAUUUGGUCUUCUGCAACUUGAAGAACAUGAAUAG